GUUUAUGUCCACGCAGAAAGUCUACAAAAGUAGCUGAGGCCGGUUGUCGCCUGCACUAAGCUUUUGCCAAGACAUCAACCUUAAAUUGUGGCACAUUUACGACAUUUUUCAAAAAUAAAGCCUAACUGUUUGGCAUGUUCAAGCGGUCCGUCCACGGUCACACUGGUGAGACGAGUCGAGACAAAUUUGCAGCGUAAAAGUCAAAUUUCAAGCCCCACAACCAUGCGUCUAUCCUCGAUCCUGAAUGGCCAGCACUUUGGCAACCUGGCCAAGGUGCACGGCAUCGUCACCUACAAGCUGUCGCCCUUCGAGCAGCGCGCCUUCGCCGGAGCGAUCAGCAAAGGAUUGCCCAACAUGGUGCGUCGCUUCCGCUCCAACGUCUUCAUCGUGACUCCCCCCUUCAUCGUGGGAUACCUGAUCUACGAUCUGACCGAACGCAAGCACGCCGCCCUGCUGCGCAAGAACCCCGCUGACUACGCGAACGACGAAUAAGCGUCCCAACUAGCAGAUAGUUAUGUUAAACUAAUUAAUAAAACUAAACCCACAGUUCAAGAGAGUUGUGUGUUUCGGUUGCUGGAAGGCUAAA